AUGAUGCUGGCCAUCAUCUUUGUGGUGCUUUUUGCACUGCACACUCCAAUCCACGCUCAUUCUUGGAUAGAGGAGCUUACCCUCAUUGCGCCAAAUGGAACAUUCGUCGGCACUCCGGGAUACCCCCGCGGAAACUACCUGCGCACAACUCCGGGUUACAGUGACACCACCAUGACCUACCUUAUUCCACCGGGCUCCAGGGCAAAUGUGACUCAGAUCUUACCAACCGACAAGCUCUGCAAAGAUACCCAGCAGGAACAGAAGCAGUCUGACGGAAGCCCGCGACUCGAAGCCAGCGCUGGCGCUGCGAUCGCCCUUCGCUUCCAGGAAAAUGGCCAUGUCACCCUGCCGCAGAACCAGCCUGGAAAGCCCGCCAACAGAGGCACCGUUUAUGUUUAUGGCACUACAGAGCCCAAGACCGGAGAGAAACUCCUUGAUGUUUUCGGCGCAUGGACCGCAGACGGCACUGGAGGUGAUGGGCGGGGCGUGCUUCUCUCCAAGCAGAAUUUCGACGACGGCCGUUGCUACCAGGUCAACUCUGGGGAUAUUUCCGAGACCCGACAAGCGGAAUACACCCACACCGCGAAUCAGUUGAUGGGUGCAGAUCUGUGGUGCCAGCAGGAUAUUCAACUACCUUCCAGUGCCCCAAGUGGGAAGCCGUACACUCUCUACUGGGUGUGGGAUUGGCCCACCGCCGCAGGAGUCGACCCUACCUACCCCAACGGCAAAGCUGAGAUCUAUACCACCUGUAUGGAUGUGGAUGUGGUGACUCAGGCCAGCAAGCAGGCGGUCAAAGACGAGUACGACACCGAGCAGGAUCUCAACAAGGCAGCAAUUCCGUCGCAGUUUGACUCGCUUGGUGAUGCGGUCCCUUCGCAAGCCCCCGGAACGACCUCGUCCAUUCCGGGAACUCUAACGACGAUGGCGACGAUGAUUCGGUCUUCUUCAGCCGCGACGGCUCGCAAGGUCACUGUGACCGACUGGGAGACCAGUACCAGCACUAUCUACAUGAGUGUGCCGACUUGA